UCGCACUGCUCUCUUCUGGUGAAAAGACAAGACUACAGCUCAAUUGUGUAUUGACUCCAUGCAAAAGAAAAUUCAGAAGUGACACUGUAGUGGAUUUUAACAAUUUAAUUGGCAUAACGGCUCAUAUUUUAGAACCCUUGGGAUAAUUAGCACCUCUUUGACGCACUGAAGCUUGUGGGUGUAAACAAAAGGGCUGACGCGCAGCCAGCGGGGACAACCGCCAUUCCUAGUACAACUCAAGAAUGGCGCGCUUCUUGGUAAUAUUUGCGUUUGUCGAUGUGUUUUUCAAAAAACAUUGCCGUUAAAUUGAACCCCCUGGACGGUUUUUGGGAAAAGAAAAAAAUUCUAUGAUACGUCGUUGUGCGUAAACUGACCAUAUUGAGUCGGAACAUAUGCAGUUUCAUUUUUGUUUCUUUCUUUGAGGCGGCGGAGGCCCAGCCGCCCAGAGCGUUCCAUUCAUGGGGAGCCAAUGACAGUCGCGCUUACUAGCGCCGAUCGGCCAAUAGCUAAGCGACUAACUUCUUGGUCGUGCUCCGACCGCGGAUAGACAAGAGACGAGUGGGCCGGUUGGAAGCUAAAUGCUAACAUCCGUUUGUUGUAAUUUUAGUGUUUCGCUUCUCUUUUCCACGGGAGAAAACGCGUAGAAUUGUUUUGGAAAAAUCCAAACAACCCAGAAAUAUUGUAUUCGGUCGGCUAAAAGGUAAAGUCGCUGUUUUAUUUGGCAAAAUAAACGUGUCUCCUGCUAGCAUCAGCGGCUAGGCGCCAGUCAAUACUGUUUGACAACAACGCGCGGUUGGUCACGUUCUUUCUCUCCUGUCGUUUCGUUAUCCGCUAACACGUCCAUAACACGAUUAGAACGGGCGAAAAGAUGGCAGAAUUUCUCGAAGAUCCGUCGGUGCUCACUAAAGACAAGUUGAAGUACGAGCUGGCGGCGAACAACGUGGCGCUGCCGAGCGGCGAACACAAGAAAGAAGUGUACGUCCAGCUCUAUUUGAAAUACUUGACGGUGCAGAACAGCAAGAAGAGCCCGCCUGUCGAUACCUUCUCCAGCGACGAAGAGCUACCCGCCCCCGUGGUCUCCAACAAAAGCCGUUCCGGGAGAAAAGCUACCAGAAAGACAGAUAAACCUCGCAUAGAGGUUGAGGUGACGGAACUCACAGAUGAUGAUCUGAAGGAGCAUCUUGCCAAGUAUGGAGUGGACGCGGGACCUAUUGUGGCUUCAUCCCGCAAGUUGUAUGAGAAGAAACUCCAGAAACUUCUGGAAGACUCCGCAGUUGAAGCUGAGGCCGCCGCUGAUGUUACCAUCCUCCCCAAGGCUGACACUAACCAGAAUGGCAACACCAACUCUGACCAGUACAGUGACAAGGAAGACGAGGAAAUUACCAGCACUGAAGCAGAGGCUGUCCCCAUUGUGGAGAAGCCGGUGCGCAGCCGAGGGAAAACUCCGGUUACUUUGCGAACCAGCAGCAGAAGACAAACCAAAGUGGUGGAAGAAGUGGCAGUGAGUGAAGGCACCCCCGUGAAGAGCAGCGAGAGUGUGGUGGAAGAUAUUCUUGCCAAUGAAAUCAACACACCGACGGGCAUCAGCGCCACCUGCAGGCGUCCCAUCCGGGGAGCGGCGGGCCGGCCGCUGAAGCCCAGCGACUACUGGCUGGACGAGUCCCGCGUGCGCCACAGCGUAUACACAGAGUCCCGCUCCUACUCAGAGUCAAUCUCCCGGGGCGGUGCUGGUGUGGCGCUAAGCCCCUCCCCGACUGGCAAAGCCCCGGCCAGGCGUGGGGUCCUGUCCCUCACGCUCAGGCUCUGUGUCCUUCUGGCGGUCAUCUGCGGCUUACUCUACUUGGCUUACCAUCACCUGGACGCGGCCCACCUCAGCGCCCUCGGAGGCCUCCUGGAGGGCGUGCUGGUUCCUCUACGGGAUACUGCCCAGAGAGCCGCCACCUACCUGGGCCUCGGCGACAAGUGAAAGGUUCAAGGUCACUCUAGCCUCAGCCGCGCCCGCCUUCCCUGCUACAACUGCAACUGGCUUCAAACCACUUCCAACAAAAACUGCGUUCAUACAACACUGAACAAAAACUCCAGCUUCAAACCACUCUCGCCAAAAGUGGCUUCAAACCACUUUCAAGGAAUUUGGCUUUCAAUCAACUUGGACGAAAUUGGGUUCAAACCAAUCUCAAUGGGAACUGGCUUCGAAUCGGUUUUCACAAAAACUGGCUUCAAACCAUUCUACUGAAGUGGAUACAAACCACUUUAGACGCCAAUGGCUUCAAAUGGAUUUCGACUAAUGGCUUGAAAACUGCUUUACACUAAAGGCGGCUUUCUAACACUUUUGACAAAAAUUGCAUCGAACCCCUUUUAACAGAACCACUUGGAACAAAAGUGGCUUCUUGUUCAAACCGCACUUAUUAAAACUGGCUUCCAAGCACACUCAAACUGUUUCAUCCUCCUGUCUGUCCCCACCUGGCGGGCAACACGGGAUCUUUUCCUCUGACACGUGCAGGAGCAGGCAGGCGCCGCCACCAGAGACUGAUUUAAAUGUCCUUGUAUUAUUUUUUUAAACUUGUGAAUUGUUGUCUUUUCGUGCAAGUAGAACGGAGUGGAGAGAGGGCCAUUGUAUCUCUUUGCAUGGUUGUAGUCUCCUGACGGCCAUCUUUGUAGUUUUGUGAAUACACACGAGUGACACGCCGCCGCUCCAGACACAGGUGCUGAUCCCACUGACGCAUAACAUGUCCACCGUAGGUAUAGAUACUUUAGCUAGCCCGGUGUUUCUUGGGGAGCCAGGAGAGUCGUUAUUUUUUUCCUCUUUGCUCUGUCGAGGUUUGAUCGUACCUCCCAUUUUGGGUCCCAACUCAGUUCUUAGGUCGGCACUCAUAAGUCAAGGUACAUCUGUACUUUCAUUAAAAGUGUGCGAUUUAGUGAGGGUGAAGGUUUUGUAUUCACCAACUAUGUUUAGAUUUAGCAUUUUAUUUUAUAUGGACAUCACAAAAACAUCGGGCAAAAUAAAUUUAAUGCUUUAAGUGUUGGAACACAAGUGCUGAUUCCAAACACUGCCAUAGGAGGCUUAUGGUAAAUGAAACGCACUAUGUAGCAAUUUACAAAGGCACACUCGUACUAUUGUACGAUGAUAUAUUGAUUCUUGGGGCAAAGAUAAAAUAAUUGUCAAUAUUACAAAGCAACAAUUCGAUUGAAGGUCGUUUUUUUUUUUUUUUUUUUUUUUCUUUAUACACUAAAAAUUCAGUUACACUUUACUGAAGUAAAAUGCAAAGCAAUGUUGAUAUUCCUGGCAAUUAUGUUAAAAAAUUCAGACAUUUGAAUAUUUCUUUUUGAUAGCACAUCUUAAAGAUGUCAGUGUUGAUAUUUUGCGUUUUGAUCAAUUGAUAUAUUGGUCCAUCAGUCAAAAUACAAAUACAUAGAUUAAGGUCGCACUGUAUUUUAUUGUAUGAUUGGAAACUGCUGGAUACACAACUGAAUUGAUCCUUCUAUCUAGUGGAAGAACGGUUAAUAGAUUAUUAACAUUUAUAUAAUUUUGUGUAAACAAUUGUCCAUGUUCAGGUCAAUGAAGUGAAAUGGGAUCAUUUAUUACAGCAUAAUUUAUCGUGACAAUUCACCGGGCUGGCUUGUUGGAAUUGAAGCACCAACUCGACCUAUUUGACUGAGUGGUAUAAUUCUUAUUUGUUCACUCCGAAUUCACGGCUCGGCUGGCGUGUAUUUUAUUUUAUUUUUUCCCCAGUUUACAUUUUUGGGUUUUAGUGCUCUUUGUGCUUUUUUGUUUGCUCUGUUUUGAAUUAGACUUUUUGACCCUUCACUUCCGCCCACAUAGCUCGUCACCUCACUGCCAACAGGAUGCCACAAAUCCCUUGAGAGACUUUUUAAUCACUGUCAUAGCAAUUUGAGCCUGCAGAAAUUUCUGUUUUAACUCCGGCCAGGAUGUGGAAUUAUUGACUGAUUGAUAAUCCGUUUAGAUAUUUUUCUAAAAGUGGUGCAUGCCCAUUUUUUUCCCAGCACUGUUAAAGGCAGCACCGAGAAGGAAAAAAAGCUACACGGAAGACUGGCACAAAUGGUUUUGACUUUUGACCGUCUUAUCAAUUUCAUUUUAAGGCAGCUUCCCCACAAUGGACACAAUUGUCAAUGGAGUUAUGUGGGUAUGGAUUUUUAAUCGUAUUUAUGAUCAAGUAGGUAAUGUAUAAAAAAAUAAACGUCAUCUUAGCACUUGGUUUUGUUUUUUAAUUUUCUAAUCUGUCACUUUGUCACAAAGUUCUGAAUACUGACUCAUUCACUAACAGAUUUCUAACCUACAAAAUAUUCAGAUUAAAGACCUGCGUGUUGGGCUGCA